CAAACGCCAGUCGUCCUACAGCCAUCCGACUCGGGUACUGUGACCGGGAGCCGCUAGAUCCAUACACCCGCAGAUUUUGUUCUCAUAGCUUUGUCGAUUCGUUGAGGUGCUAGGGUCCCAACUCAGCGAUAGCCAUGAAUGCCACCCAACUCUACUGUUUCUCGACGUCGGCGCCGGCGAGGUCACCGGACGAUGUCUGUUCCUUUGAAUCGAAGCUCUUGCAGAGCUGUACCGCACCGAACUUUCUGGAUCCUCAAUUGCCUCGGGACAAGGGACAAGCUUGUGAUACAUGUGAGAUGGGUAGCGCGUGCUUGUAAAGUAACCUGGUGUCUGAGGAUGUCCAGGUCAUUGCGCUCGAACUCUGAGGCCUCUCGUUGCGCAAUCACUGGUCUCUACGUAAGACCGCGAGAGCACCCUACAAUGCAGAUCGGCGUCGCACUUGUGCCAUGCAUAUCUACGAGUUCUAUCAUACGUGUGGGAUGUGUCGUCAGAGCUGGUCCUCGAUGGUGCACAUCGUUCCCUCGCUUCGGCCGUCGCAGUGGCACCGAUGCUCAUACAGUGUCAAGCAGUCCCGCUGAUUUCAUGUUCCGCCGACUCAGGCAUCCAUCCGGUCUCGAUGAUCCCGUCCUAGACUACUUUAUUCAAGGUAGCGAUCGGCCGCAACAUUGCUGUAUCUCGUACCCCCAGGCCGAGCCUUUCACAGCUCUUCAUACGGCGGAUAUCGACCUUCCAGUCUCCGAGGUCAUCGAGGUUGUCCUCGUUGAGCGGUUUCAUGAUUGGCGACACUCUGAGGCCGAGCUACUCGGCUGAAAAGACGUCGUUUCUCGAUGCCGUUCCAGACAUCGUGUUCGGCCUAUCUCGGUCUCGAUCCAUCCAAUCCGGCGCUUGCCUCAGUCGUGCGCAUCGCAUCGACCAGCACAACUCUGCUGCUUUCUCCACGGUAGAACCCGUCACGAGACCUCCAUUCCCAGUUCCUGUUCCCGGGUCGAUCGACAAAGGAGUCGUCCGAUGGAUGGGGUAGGGGAAGGAUGGGUGGAUAUGGAUUAGACCAUGCUUGAAAUGGGACAGGUACCGGGCAGCCGAGCCCAGGGUCUUGACAUGCUGGCCAGCGCUCGCUCUAUCUGGAUCGCCGUCCCGACUUUCGAGAACAUCCACCUCCGGUAGUGCUGUGCGACAGGUUUACAAUGGUCUCUUUGCGCAGAAAAAGGUCUGAUCAGUCAGCUCCAGAUGCGUCCGAGCUCACAGCAAGGCCUUCCCUCUGCGAAUCGUGUCGGCGCCAGGAGCUUCACAGAGUCGCGGAUUCACAACGCCCCAGAUUUGACGCUUGGCACUCUGCCGUUGUAGGUGCGCUAGGGGAUAGGAAUCAUGAUCCGGAAAUGCAGUCUGUCAUGGGCAUCUCCAUCUUUGCAAAACAGCCGCAUGCUUCCACUCGUAUGCAUGCCGAUGGACCCCUUGGCCCCACUUACACCCCUGCGCAGUCCACCACUGAGCACCACGAACCCAGAUCUGUAGAAACGACAGUCGAAAAGAAGAAACUUCCAAUAUUGGAUGCAAGAGCUGCGUCGCCGUCUCAGUUUCGCGAAAGCACCGUCCCGUUUUCUACCAUUGUCCAUGCCAUCGAGAUCGACGUAGCGGCAACGAUAGACGAGCUCGCGGUUCCUCGAAACGUCACCGGCAAGAAAACCGGGGACCCUCCAUGAACAGACGGACUAGAGGUUUGGACACACCUGAGCUGUCGCUGGACAAGUGUUCGACACGCACUGAGCGGAUGAGUCUCAGCAUGCAUUCGGCUGGCUCCUGAUUCAUCGCACUGCAGUUUUACGGCUUGUGUGCGUGUGUUCAUGUACUCGACACCGGGGACUGCAUCCCCAUUUCUCUGCUCGACAGAGUUGCCUUUCAUUUGUGUUCCAAGGCUUGAUCUUCGCUGGCCAGAAACACAAUUCCCGAAGUGUCGGCCUCCUGCUCUUCUCAAGUGUUCUGAGAAUUGCGAUAGCUUUGCUUGUCAGAUCUCUUUUGCAUACCUGUACAUAAUGACUAGAGACAGACGUGAGAGCUUUGGACCAUUGUACACACUCCGUCCUUACAUUAGUGGUCA